CCAUUCCCACCAUUUGAAAAAAAAAUCAUGUUCACCGUGCCAUCCUCGCCACCGCUCCACCCUCCUCAUCUCCGGCGGCGGCGUCGGCGCCUCCUUCUCUCCAUGGCUGCCCCAAUUUUCCUCCUAUUCCACCCCAAUGCCACUCAUGUUCACGCUCGUGGCCUCAUCCAGAUGCCCCCUUCCCGGCUCAUCAACCGGUACUACUUAGUGCGAGCAGGGGAAUCGGAGUAUGAGAAGCUGGGGGUGUUGAACACCAACCCCGUCUCUAAGACGUCCGUGGACAGUGGGCUCUCGGCGGAGGGUGCUCUCCAGAGUGCGAAGUCGGCGCUAGAGCUCCAGCGCAUGGGCGCUUGUGACGGUGGCUGCUGGAUUUGGCCCUCCAUCACUCAGAGGUCGUACCAGGCCGCUGAGAUCAUUGCCUCUCUCAAUGGAGUCGAUCGAAGCCGGAUAGUUCCAGAAUACAGCUUUCUGGAUGCACGUGGUUUGGGCGCCUUUGAGGGAAAGAGCUUAGAUUCAAUUGCUGAGGUAUAUAAAUCUGAUAAGAUUUCUCCAAACAACAAGCCACCUGCUUUUGGGGAUGGGACACCAAAUGAGAGUGUAGCAGAUGUGUUUGUCCGAGUGACACAGCUUAUGUCUAUACUAGAAACUCAGUACUUCGGAGAUACUAUAAUUAUUGUCUCACCAGAUUCAGACAAUUUAACAAUUCUACAAGCUGGCUUAACUGGGCUUGAUUUACGUAGACACAUGGAUCUCUCAUUUGGCCCUGGCGAGGUCAGACUCGUGGAUCCCAAGAGCAUACCAACAUAUAAGCAGCCCGCUUCUGCUGUUUAUAAGUGUGCAAAUCCUCCUAAGUGCACUUGAUGCCCCUUUAUCAAGCCUGCAGAAAGCUACACCUUGUAUAGCUACCAAUUUGGGAACCACACUUCGGCAAAUAAGUAUUAAAGAGAUAACAUGCUAGCAUGCACAGAAGCUUACAAGGUACAGCCCCAAGCUUUUACCUGUUCUCAAGUAUAAAGAGCAUAAAACUGCUGUCUCUCAGUUGCUUAUGGUAGCUUCAACUUUCAAGAACUCUGAAAAACAAUAUCCCUGACAGUGAAUCAUCAUAAACUGCAUUCAUAUGAAACUCUUGUUAUCGUUCACAUUUGUAUCAUCUGUACAUAACCAAAGCCCACUCAGUUCAUAGGAUCAAAAAUUUAUUUUUCUUUGAUUAUAUACUCUAUAUUCGGCAUCAGGUUCAAUUACCUCGCUAGUGUACAACUACUUAGACAAUUAAUGCCCUUUUGUGAUA